GUUUGCUGCUGGGCCUCCUAAGACAGAAGCCACUCGUUCGCUCUUGGAGUAACAGAUCGCAGCUGUCAUCAUGAAAUUCCUGGUUAUUGCCUUUGCCGUUCUGGCCUGCGCCUAUGGCGAUGUGUCCCACUUGGGUUACGACUACGCUCCCCCGGCUCCGGUCUACCAGCCUGCUCCUGCUCCGGUUUACCAGCCAGCUCCAGCUCCGGUCUACCAGCCUGCUCCUGCUCCCGCUCCAAUUGUGAUCCCAGCUCCCGCCCCCGCUCCAGUUGUGAUCCCAGCUCCGGCUCCGGUCUACCACCCAGCCCCAGCUCCCGCUCCCAUCAGGAUCCCAGCCCCCGCCCCGGUUUACCACCCAGCUCCCGCUCCCAUCAGCAUCCCAGCUCCCGCUCCCAUCAGCAUCCCAGCUCCCGCUCCCAUCAGCAUCCCAGCUCCCAUCGAGAUCCCCGCCCCUGCCCCGGUGAACACCUACAUUCCCCCUGCACCCGCACCAGCUCCGGUCUACCAGCCAGCCCCUGCUCCCAUUCCCGUGAGCAUCCCGGCCCCAGCUCCCGUUUACCAGCCUGCUCCUGCCCCAGUGGUGAUCCCAGCUCCCGCUCCAGCUCCCGUGGUGAUCCAGGCUCCCGCUCCAGUUGUUAUCCCAGCUCCCGCUCCAGUUGUGAUCCCUGCUCCCGCUCCCGUGAGGACCUAUGUGCCUCCUGCACCAAUCAGCAUCCCAGCUCCAGCUCCCGUCUACCACUCUGCUCCUGCUCCAGCUCCCGUCUUCCACUCUGCUCCGGCUCCAGCUCCAGUGUACCACUCUGCUCCUGCCCCAGCUCCAGUCUACCACUCUGCUCCUGCUCCUGCUCCAGCUCCGGUCUACCAGCCAGCUCCUGCUCCCAUCAGCAUCCCUGCUCCAGCUCCAGUCUUCCACUCCGCUCCUGCUCCCGCUCCCGUCUACCAGCCAAGCAACACCCAGGUUCUGGAGGAGAUCGAGCCCGUGUCCAACGAGGGAUACCGCUACAAGACCGUGCGUCGUCGCGUCUACCGUCACCGCAUCUAAACUUACCAAAGCCCAACGAAAAACUGUUUCCUAACGAAUCCCCACGGGGAGUCGUAAUAAAAAAUUUCCGCCUUCAAUUUGUUAAACAAAA